ACUUCCGGCGCGGGCGUGACGUCAUCUCGAGGGCAACAAGGAAACAGUUCAACUGACUGAUGAGUUGGCGUAUCUACCGAAAUAUGUCAGCUGGGAACAGAACCCUCCGAGGCGUAGUGAUGUCUCAGCAGCAGCAGCGGAAGAAGAGGAAUAAGAAGACGGGCGUUCCUGAUGGGUGGCUGGACUACUGUCCCGUUGGAUCGAGGAUCCCAGGAACCAGGUUCAUUCCCUUCAAGGUUCCUCUAAAGGCCGCCCUGAACUGCCAACUUCCCGCCUGCCAGUCCUUUGAUAUGUGGGACCUGCUGGACUCGGUGCGACAGCAGAACCAGGAGCUCGGUCUGAUCAUCGACCUCACCUUUACGACCAGGUACUACUCAGUGUCAGACAUCCCGCAGUGCUGCGCCUACAUCAAGAUCCCCACCGAGGGUCACCACGUUCCAAACGACGAAGUCAUCCUGAGCUUCAAGCGCGUGGUGAGGCACUUCCUGAGGCAGAACCAGGACAACAACAGGCUAAUCGGAGUCCACUGCACCCACGGGCUGAACCGCACCGGCUACCUGAUCUGCAGGUACCUGAUCGAUGUGGACGGGUUGGACGCCGCGGCAGCUCUGGAGCUCUUCAACUCCAGCAGAGGUUACCACAUGGAGAGGAAGAACUACAUUAAAGACCUUCAGCGCGCCGCCAAGAGGAGCAACAGAGGCAUCGACCAGCCGGAGAGAAACCCGAUCAUGGGGCUCGCCGUGGGCAAAUAACCAGCUAUGCUCAUAAAGCACGAGGAGAAGGUGGAGAGCAACACCGCGGCACAGCAUGUCAAGGCUUCUGGUGAAAAUGCAGAAAAUCAGUGACCCAAUGAGAAACAGACGAGCCAGAAACAAACCAAACACAGAGCCCGACUUCGCUCCAAGAACAGGGACAAGAAGCCUGCUCAUAGGUCAGCGCAGGGUCGCGACCCCUCCUCUUAGACUUAGCUUAAACAAACUUUAGCUUCUUUUACAGUUUCUGGGUGAUUAUUUAUUUCCUGCACCAGAAACACAAAAAUGAAUUUAAAAGCUGAUAAACGAUUCCUGCAGA